AUGGCGGCGGGGGCCUCGGCGGGCGCGGGAAGCCCGGCGGCCUCCCCGGCGGUGGCGGCGGCGGCGGGGGCGGCCACUACAGCCCCCUCGGCCCCUUUCUCCGACCUGCGGGAGAUUAAGAAGCAGCUGCUGCGGAUCGCGGGGCUCAGCAGGGACCGGGGGCUUCAGCACAGCGGAAAAUGGGCCUCGGAGCUGGCCUUCGCCCUGGCCCCGCUGCCCCUGGCCGACCUGCCGCCGCCUCCCGCCCUCACCGAGGAGGACGCCCAGGAUUUGGACGCUUACACCCUCGCCAAGUCCUACUUCGACGUGAAAGAGUACGACCGGGCGGCCCACUUCCUGCGGGGAUGCAAAAGCCAGAAAGCUUAUUUCCUGUACAUGUAUUCCCGAUAUCUGUCGGGAGAAAAGAAGAAGGACGAUGAAACGGUGGACAGCUUAGGCCCCCUGGAGAAGGGCCAGGUGAAGAACGAAGCCCUCCGCCAGCUGCGGGUAGAGCUCAGCAAAAAGCACCAGGCUCGCGAGCUGGACGGAUUCGGCCUGUACCUAUACGGAGUGGCGCUGCGGAAGCUGGACCUGACGAAGGAAGCCAUCGACGUGUUCGUGGAGGCCGCCCACGUGUUGCCCCUGCACUGGGGGGCCUGGCUCGAGCUGUGCAACCUGAUCACCGACAAGGAGAUGCUGAAGUCCCUGUCCCUCCCGGACACCUGGAUGAAGGAGUUUUUCCUGGCUCACAUCUACACGGAGCUGCAGCUGAUCGAGGAGGCCCUGCAGAAGUACCAGAGCCUGAUCGACGUGGGCUUCUCCAAGAGCACAUAUAUCAUCUCGCAGAUCGCCGUCGCUUACCACAACAUCCGCGAUAUCGACAAAGCCCUGUCCAUCUUCAACGAGCUGAGGAAGGAAGACCCUUACAGGAUUGAGAACAUGGAUACGUUCUCCAACCUGCUGUACGUCAGGAGCAUGAAGCCCGAACUGAGCUACUUGGCUCACAAUCUGUGUGAGAUAGACAAAUACCGGGUGGAGACGUGCUGCGUUAUCGGCAAUUACUACAGCCUGCGCUCGCAGCACGAGAAGGCGGCCCUGUACUUCCAGAGGGCCCUGAAAUUGAACCCCCGGUACCUCGGGGCCUGGACCCUGAUGGGCCACGAGUACAUGGAAAUGAAGAACACGUCGGCGGCCAUCCAGGCCUACCGGCACGCGAUCGAGGUGAACAAACGCGACUACCGCGCCUGGUACGGCCUGGGGCAGACGUACGAGAUCCUCAAGAUGCCCUUUUACUGCCUCUACUACUACCGCCGGGCGCACCAGCUCCGGCCCAAUGAUUCCCGCAUGCUGGUGGCCCUGGGCGAGUGUUACGAGAAGCUCAACCAGCUGGUGGAAGCCAAAAAGUGUUACUGGAGAGCGUACGCCGUGGGCGAUGUGGAGAAAAUGGCUCUGGUGAAACUGGCCAAGCUACACGAACAGCUCACUGAGUCAGAACAGGCCGCCCAGUGUUACAUCAAGUACAUCCAGGACAUCUACGCCUGCGGGGAGAUCGUGGAGCACCUGGAGGUGAGCACGGCUUUCCGGUACCUGGCGCAGUACUACUUCAAAUGCCGGCUGUGGGACGAGGCCUCGGCCUGCGCCCAGAAAUGCUGUGCCUUUAAUGACACCCGCGAGGAAGGCAAGGCCCUCCUGCGCCAGAUCCUGCAGCUGCGCAACCAGGGGGACGGCUCGGCGGCCGACAUCUCGGCCCCCUUCUUCCUGCCCGCGGCCCUCUCCGCCAGCAACACUCCCACCCGCAGGGUCUCCCCGCUCAACCUCUCCUCCGUCACGCCCUAGGCGGCCGCUCCCCCCC